AAGCAUACCAUCAUUCAACUCAAUCACUAUUCACUACACAAUAAAAAGUCCUAACUCCUUCCUUCCUUCCUUCUCCGACCCCGGCCACGUAUUAUAAACCUAGAAAAUGGGUUCUCUUGCUGAGACCAAUGGCGUUGCCGUGGGGAGGACAACCGUGCACCGCUUGAUCGCGGAGGAAGGAUCAGUGUUGAUGCCGGGUAUCCAAGACCCCUUCUCCGCCGCUAUUUGUUACAAAACUGGCUUCAAAGCUUGUUUUGUCUCCGGUUUUGGUGUCUCCGCUGCCCUCCUUGGCUUGCCCGACUUUGGCUUGCUCACGACUGCUGAAGUAGUAGGGGUUGUCCGAAGAAUUACAGCUGCUUCUCCAAACUUGUGUGUCGUUGUCGAUGGAGACACCGGAGGUGGUGGCCCUUUGAAUGUCCAAAGAUUCAUCAAAGAUUUGAUUGCAGCUGGUGCCAAGGGUGUUUUUCUAGAGGAUCAAGUGUGGCCAAAGAAGUGUGGUCAUAUGCGUGGUAAGGCAGUUGUACCUGUAGAAGAACAUGCACUUAAAAUUGCAGCAGCAAGAGAAGCCAUUGGUGAUUCUGAUUUCUUCUUGGUCGCAAGGACUGAUGCAAGGGCACCUCACGGUCUUCAAGAAGCUAUUAGACGGGCUAACAUUUAUAGAGAGGCGGGAGCUGAUGCCACUUUUGUUGAGGCACCGGCUAACAGGGAGGAGUUAGACGAGGUUGUGAAAGGUGUGAAAGGUUUGAGGAUUGCUAACAUGAUCGAAGGUGGAAAGACCCCACUACACACACCAGGAGAGUUUAAGGAAAUGGGAUUCCACUUGAUUGCUCAUUCACUCUCAACACUAUAUGCUACAACCAAAGCUUUGGUUGACAUCAUGAAGGUUCUUAAGGAUAAGGGUACUACCAGGGACGAUUUGGACAAAAUGGUUAGUUUCUCCGAGUUUAAUGACAUGAUCAGCUUGGAAUCUUGGUAUGAGCUUGAAUCAAAAUUCAAGAACUUCACCCCAAAAUCUUUGGAAUCCUAAGAAUUGCAAUCUAAAAACGUGCACGGUUAUGCGAUUGAAUUUUGUCAGAUUAUGAAAUUAGUUUAUUAAUUAUUAUGAUUAUUAUUAUUAAGAAUUCGUUUGAAAUAAUGAAUACUUGAGUAAAUGUUGUGAGUUUGAUUUCUUGUAUGAGAGCAUUGGUUAGAUGCAUUGUAAUCUCUUCGGUUUAGUUAUUCAAAUAUAAUCUUAAGAGCUAUUUUUUCUA